AUGGAGGACUUUAUGUCGGAAAUGAGUGAAGAAGAGUUGGACUUAGCGUGUCGGGCGUUAGCGCGGACGAUUGCUCGUUCACAACGCGUUGUUGUGUUGACUGGAGCUGGGAUAUCAGUUUCCGCGGGGAUACCCGAUUUUCGUUCGAAGGGUGGGAUGUGGACGAGGUAUGACCCCAAAGUGUAUGCAAAUUACAACAACUUUCUUGCACACCCCGAGAUGUUUUGGAAGAUGUCGACUGAGUUGAGGGUAGCCACUUCGAACAAACAACCGACGAAAGCGCACUUUGCGUUAGAACGUCUUCAACGCAUGGGCAAACUUUCAAGUUUGAUCACACAAAAUGUUGACAACCUUCAUCAACUGAGUGGUGUAGAAAAUGUGAUAGAGCUUCAUGGUACUGGAAAGAUAUGUCAUUGUAUCCAAUGUGAUUAUAAAGGUAACAUUGAUGUAGUAUUACCACAACAUAUAGUACCAUGGAUCGAUAUCCCUCGAUGUCCCGUGUGUGGUGCGUUGAUUAAAUUAGAUGUCGUGUUGUUUGGCGAACCACUUCAAUCGGAUAAUUUCCAACGAGCUUUCACCGCUGCGUCAUCUGCUGAUGUAUUUUUAGUGAUUGGAAGCUCACUCGAAGUCAUGCCAGCUAACCAACUGCCACGCCGCGCUAAAAUGAGUUCUUCUACUGUAGCGUUUAUUAACAAAUCAUCAACCAGAUAUGACGAUUUCACGGAUUAUACACUACGCGGAGACUCCGAUGUGUUGGUACCGAAGUUGGUCGACUACGUCGCAAAGUAUAUGGACUCCUUGUGUAUGGAUAACUUCAUAGAUAUCGUCACAUUCCCUUUAAAAGUCAUUUCGUCACCAUUUGACGCACUCACACAGUUUGUGACGUUUGUGGCAAAAUGGGCGACACCUGUAAAAGUGGAAGAGGAUAUCCCAAAACAACUUGUGGAUAGCUCAGAGGUUGUCGAACAAGCGUUAACAAAUCCUAUCACACACCAAGUCGAGAAAAAAAGAAGCAAAAGCGAAGAAAGAAAGGCAGAAGAUAAAGUGAUGGAAGAAAUCAACCAAUCUCUUCGUUUAAGAUCAACAGAAAUCCCAAAGGAGUCACAGCUGUUCAAUUGA